GCACUACUAGUAGGUACCUAGUAGAAGGCUCUCGUCGUCGUCUUUCUUGCAACGAUGACGUCGAUGUGAUGUCGUUGUUUUAUUUCCUUUCACAAGAAUUUGGAAGACAGGCCGAGCACUGGCUGUUUUUUCAAAGUUAAGAUUUCAUAUUGCUUUCGACCAAAGAAAGAACGGAGCUCGUCUUCAAAAAAUACAAUGACAAUCAUGAAGUCCCCAACAGGAGCACUUCUUCUACCCCUACCAGCCACGCUGCUGCUGCUCAUCAGCCACCUCGAGCACACCGCGCUUUCCAUCUCCGUUGUGAACCAGCAGUCUGACCGGAAAGUUGAGAAAAAGAAAAAGCUAACGCUGGUAGGUCCCAACGUCGCUCAGAAUAAAGCCGCACAGGGGAAAACAUCUUCCUCUAGUACUCCUUCCAGUGGUGCCGAUGUUGUCCAAGAUGAAAAAGCUGCAGAUCAUGGCCAUGCCCCCACCGGAGCAGGCGCUUUUCUGCAUCUCAAUCAGAAGAACACGGAAAGUAGUAAGAGCAGCCAAACAUCAGCAGCUGCUGCAGCCGCAGCCAGCAAAGCCAAGGCUGUCGCACAGCAGGAGAAACAGAAACAUCAAGAAUCUCCGACCAGCAAAAACCGCGGAGGUACACGCGACAAAAUCAAAAAGCAACAACACGCGAAGAAUGAUGACAAAUCGAGAUCCGCUGAAAAUAACAAACGAAACCAAGACGAGACCGGGACCUGGUGCUUGCUUUUGGUGCUAGUGCUCGCGAUCGUUUUUGCUGCGGUGGGUGGUGUUAUUUAUUCGACCAUGAAAAAGGAGCGCGAUGCAGAGGCCGCGAUGCCAUUCACGGUCCAUCGGGAUGCAAAAGGAAUGAUGCCCUCGAUUCCGACGUCAGGGCGCAGAAAACUGCUGAACAAUCGGGCGAAACCGGAACCGUCUGAGGCGGGUCCCGAAUCCGAAGCCUCCCCGGACGCGGGAACAACGAGUGAAACGAGUAGUAAAUCAAAAUCCUCGUCGCAAACUCCGAAAGAAGAUGGCGGUACUGGUCAUCACCGGGGUCAUCAUCACCGCGACAAAACAAGCAAGGGUGAAGCUGUUCACGUCCCGGGGGUGAUUGUGACGCGCGAGUGGUACGAACGAAUCGUCCCGGACUCGCAAGAUCACUCCGCCUUUGCUGGCUACGCGAAAGACCACGCCUACGAGACGCUGAAAAACAUGGGCUUCAAGGAACCCUUCCUCGGCAAACUGGCACUGUACGUACAGUCGAACCGAACGCACGGAUAUUCCCAGAAAAAAAACCCUUUCCGAUCCAUUUUUUGCAUGACAAACACUGGACUUUGUGCAUGUUUUGCGUGACAAGGUAGAUGGGGAUGGAUUUUUUUCUGUGGAUAACGGAAAGAAGGACUACGUCCCCGACUACAACCACCACGACAACUCGGAGGCGCCGGGCCUGUUCAAAAAGAUGGGCAUGAAAACCAACCCGACGGUGGGGCAAGUACGGGCGUGGUGCUGCGCCGAAUGGUGGAGCGCAGAGACCAAGAGGCAAAAAGAACAGAAGAAGGAGAAGAAGGACAAGCUUGUGGAGGCGCAGCAAGAAUUAUCCCCGGAAAAAAAACGAGAAAAAGAAAAAAAGGAACAAGAAAAGAAGGACGAGAAAAACAAGGCAAAGGAGGAGAUCAGAGAGAAGAUCAAACAAGAAAAAAAUCGGACUUAAGUAGCAUCCAUGACUACUUGUCGUCAGCAAUGUUGUUCUUCCUUUACCGCAGUUUAUGCUGUGGCGAAAGGAAACCGAAACAGUAGUUGUGAAUGUUGUUAUUGACCACGUUAUUCAAAAUGAAAAUCAAAAGAGCAUCGCCACAACAGAAAUCUUCGCAGCUGUACAAUAAUUUAAUUGGGGUGAUGUCUCUACUGGUGUGCAUUGUUGCAGUUUAUAAAUGUUGUUGAAAGCUGCAGCUUCUUCUUAUCGACAGUAUCCACUCUGAUUAAGCAUUCAUUCGGACCUAGAUUUGAUUGUACAGAAAGAAGAUAUCCUCGCAAGCG